ACUGCUACAGAAUUUCUCACUCAACCACAAUUGCAUUUCAAAUGCCCAGGAAUCGUCCUGGACCUCUCUGCGUACCAUGCAGAGCUUCGGUCGACAGUUGUCAUGCCCCACGGUACGGCGGAUCCUCAAUGAUGGCCGUUCACGUCCUCAACCCCUCCGCUGCCUCCAUGCCAGCGCAGCCGGACAAGCACCUCGAAAGCGGAACUUCUUCUCGUCCAAUGCAGUUCUGCAACAGGAACUGGCUGGAAAUGUUGAAAUAGUGAAGGAUGUAACUCCGCCGACGAAACGAAAAUUGAUCCGGUCACCAGCCGGAAAGACAUCGUUGCGGAGAGUUGCUGCCGAGGCGCAGAGGUCGAGACAGAAUACACUUCAACUAAGAGCCACAGUGGAGGAUGCCGAGGGAGUUAAUCGAGUCACGGCCGUAUCAGUGGCAGAUCAAUUCGACAUGGAUGCAGUUGUGCGGAUUCUUCGAUCCCAUGGCUUUUCAAUUGAUCCGGACGAGACCGGUUUCGAUUCGGACCAGGUCAUACAUACUCGAGGGGUCAAUAAUGGGGAUAUAUUCGUUUUUCCGUCGGGCUCUAUGGUGGCUUGGUCAUUGCCAGAGGACGUGGUAUCAGAUCUGGCCACGAAAAGUCUCCUCCCAGCGGCCAUAAGUCCACAUAUGGAUCAGAUGGAAAUGGAAGAUUUGGAGUAUGCGGAAGACCCUAAACGGGAGAACAGCAAUAUCAAAGGGGAUGUGAUCACCCUUGGGACCAAACCCUCUUUGCAAGGAGAUGGGCAUACAAAUCCUCGAGUUGAUACUACUCUUGCCAAAAUUGCCUUCUCUUCAGGUCUUGCACGAUCAACGAAGCUGGCUGUGCUGGAAACAAUGCUGGGGAAAUAUUUUGAGUCUACAAGAACAAUCCCGACAUUACUUUCACGAGGCACCAAGCUGCCAUUCAACCGUCGAUUCAUGAUGCAGAAGACCGGCGAACUAUUGGAACUCAGGGCACAAUUGAACCAUUACUCGGAGCUCACAGAUUCAUUACCCGAUUUAUUUUGGGACAGCAGACAUGAGCUAGGCUUGGAGGGAUAUUACGAUCAAGUUGGCAGAGCACUCGAUGUCGGUGUCCGAAUUAAAACAUUGAAUGAGAAAAUGGAUUAUGCACAGGAGAUUGCCAGUAUCCUUCGGCAAACUAUGAGUGAGAAACACAGCAUUCACCUGGAGUGGAUUAUUAUCAUCCUGAUUGCCGUGGAAGUGGGGUUUGAACUUCGACGCGAAUUCAAGGAGAGAAGGGAGCGUCUGGCGAAGAACAAAGAGGCGUCAUUAUGAUUUGCAUUGGGGAGAGGUCAGGCAUUGCAUCUCAAUUGGCGUUAAAAGUGAGUAUUUGAUAGAGUUUUGAAAUAGACGAUACCCCACUCGAUUUGAAAGAGAUUUGUCAAUCUCAAGUCAGAGCUAGUCUCUGUUAGUACCUCGGCCCUAUCUCCUUAGGCUAUGUAGUUCCAUGUUGUUCUUGUG